AUGCAUUCCAACCCGGAGCCCAGGGAGACAUCGCCCCCGGUCGUAGCUACCUUGCGGUCGCAGGUCAGCUUUCGGCGCGGCUCCACGAGCAACAGCCUCGCGGACUCGGGAGGCACUGGCGUCACAGCGCAGCCGAAGGGUAAGGCGAGUUUCCGCCGUGGCUCCACCAGUGAAGGCCUUGGCGACGUUGGCCCGACGACAGGUGCCAACGCGCAGACGAAGGAAUCGAUUCGCGAGGAGGAAGUCGAGGCGAAGAAGUCCGGCAAGAGUUCCUCCUCCUCAUCCUCGUCGUCCGGCUCCUCCGCCUCCUUCGCCUCCAGCAGCGACGAGGAGCAUGUACCUCCCAUGUUGAACAGUCGGCUGACCAACAAACGGCCCAGCAACGUUUCGCUUUCGGCCUUCUUCAAGAGGGAGCCGGCUGUCUCGCGGGUGUGGCUCUUUCUGGAGGAUCCAGAUUCUAGCAGCGCCGCCGGGUGGUACGCCUUGACGACGAAUUACCUUAUUACAGCGACAAUUCUCUUCACGAUCUGGCAAGCUGGUUCCGAGCCUUUCUUCUCGAAGGACACAGAGGCCUACAUCCAGCUGGUGAUCGAGGUGUUGAUGUGCAUGGAGUUCAUCACUCAUUUCGUCUCGUCAUCCUCGAAGAAGGCUUUCUGCAAGAACCCGUACAACUUCAUCGAUUUCGCUGCCUUGAUACCGCUUGGAGUGCGAUCAGCCUACGGCUUGACGACCCCGGCUGCCGCAGAGAAUUUGAUAGCGCAUUCCAUACUGGUCUGCUACGUCCCUGUGGUUCGGCAGCUGAAGCUCAUACGGCGGUUUCAGAAGCUGCAGCUUCUGCUGCAUGUGUUGUCCACCACACUUGACGCCCUCAAGCUCCUUCUUUUCCUCGUGUGUUUGAUUGUGCUGUUCUUUGGCACGAUGCUCUACAUUGCUGAGCCUGUGGAUACAACCACGCUGCCGACCUACAUCUACUGGUGCACGGUCACUGUCACCACAGUGGGGACAUGCGACAUGGCACCUGUGACCUGGUCGGGGAAGGUGAUGGCUGGAAUCUUGUGCCUCAUCAGUGUGCUCUUCAUGGCAAUGCCGCUUUCCGUCCUGGGCAACGCCAUGUCGAAGACGUGGGACGACCGACAUCGAAUUCUCCUGAUGACACAGACACGACGGCGCCUGAAGCAUUUAGGCUACUCCGCAGACGACAUGCCUAAGCUCUUCAAGAAGUUCGACAGAGACGGAAAUGGCGAGUUGGAGAUGGAAGAGUUCUGCGACAUGGUGGCGACAAUGCGAGUGGGUGUCAAGCCCGCCGAGGCCUCGGAGCUUUUCAUGGCUUUCGAUGCUAACGGAGACGGAGGAAUCGACGAACGCGAAUUCAUGAAGGCGUUGUUUCCGCUGGACUACCGGCGCAUCUACCGGCGUGCUUCGGGCAUGACAUUCGGAGCGUAG